UCUCUUCUCUCUCCUUUCUGCUGGCCCGCCCUGCCACGCUGGACGCCAGCUCGGACGCCUAAUUUGGGCGCGCUGACUGGAUCGCGAUCUAGCUCAAGUGGAGUGAGAGAUGGGCAAUGUCGUGUGAUUCGUGGGCGAGCCGCGAUGGAAGGCAGCGGCGACAGUGGCAGAUCUUGGAUGGUGCGGGGUUUGCUGGUAUUGGGAGGGGUGGCGGCGGCAGCUAUGGCGUGGCGGCGAGGAAUGUGGUGGCGGAGCCGGUCGCGCGUCGUUGGGAUCAUUCCCGCGCGCUAUGCUUCCUCGCGCUUCCAAGGCAAGCCCUUGGCUCUCAUACUUGGCAAGCCCAUGAUCCAGAGGACCUGGGAACAAGCCAGGCUCGCGAAGACUCUCGACGCUCUAGUUGUGGCCACCGACGACGAAAGGAUUCGACAAUGCUGCGAGGAAUUUGGCGCGGAGGUUGUCAUGACGUCGGAGAAGUGUCCCAACGGAACCGAGCGCUGCAACGAGGCUGUCAAGAAGCUCAAGCGCAAGUUCGACAUCGUCGUCAACAUCCAAGGCGAUGAGCCGCUUAUCGAUCCGGAUAUCAUCGACGGGGUGGUGAUGGCGUUAAAGGCUUCGCCGGAUGCCAUGUGUAGCACCGCAGUCACGUCGUUAAAGCCUCAGGAUGCCUCGGACACGAACAGGGUCAAGUGCAUUGUGGACAAGCAAGGCUAUGCCAUAUAUUUCUCCCGAGGUUUGCUACCUUUCAACAAGAAAGGAGUGGCCAACGACAAGUUUCCUUACUUACUACACCUUGGCAUCCAGUGCUAUGACGCACACUUUUUGUCCAUGUAUCCCCUGAUUGCGCCAACCGCUCUUCAGCUGGAAGAGGAUUUGGAGCAGCUCAAAGUCAUUGAGAAUGGCUAUAAAAUCAAGGUGAUCAAGGUGGAUCACGAUGCACACGGUGUGGAUUCCCCUGGCGACAUCGCCAGCAUUGAGUCUCUAAUGCGGGGGAGGAACAUCGCCUAAAGAGAAGCGAUAAAGAUUUAGAUGACAAACAAAGGUAGCUAUCUCCUUUCCCUGUCCUUUAGGAAUACUCCCCACAGAAAUCUCUGCUCGUGCGUAAUAUUGUCUCGCAGGGCAGCCAGCCACCGCCAUCCAGGUCAAGCGUGAAAAUGACACCAAACGCUUGUGUGCUUGGACAAGACAAGUUAUUGCAGAGCCAGCCAGCCAGCAAAAGUCGUUUGUCCGGCCAGGAUAAUCGCAGCAGCAGCAUUGCAAGUCGGCGCGCAGGGGAAGAGAAAAGAAAAGAAUGAUCUGAUCCCUGCGUCAGACGAUUCAUAAGCCCUCUUUGUACUUGCGCAGGCAGCCGCGCAAUCCUCUCUUGCUAUUCUCCACGGCUCGCUGCGACUUUGUGGUGACAUGAACCUUUGGCGACGCGCCAGCCAGGCAGCGGCCAGCAUACAGGCACACAGUGAUAGCAAAGCAGCAUGCAGGGAUUUUAUUCGUCCUCCGCUUUCUCGUCGCUCCCUCCAUCUUCUCAGAUGAUGCAGCGCCACUGGCCAUGGACGACGAAUGUACCGCAAAGACUCUUGAAUGCAAUGGAGCAGUGGCCCGUGAGGUGAUGAGGUGUUGAUGGCGAUUUAUCUGAGCGAGGCGGCCAGCAGCACUCGCUCGCAUUUUACGAGCAUUUUUAUCUCUCGGACUUCCCUGUGACUUGUGGCUGGCUGGCUGGCUGUGGCUGGCUGCCUCAAACUGGUAGUCAGAUAAGAUUUUGAUCUGUGAGUGAGUGACAGCCAGCUAUGUCUGUCUACAAACACGGUGAUGCGUGUUGAUCCAAUCACUUCUCCCAUUCAUUUC